AUGACGAGCACCAAGGUUGCCCUUGUAGGAGCUAGCGGAAAUCUCGGUCCUGCCGUGCUCAAAGAGCUGCUCACCGCAGGCUUUGACGUGACUGUUCUCACCAGAAAAGGCAGUAGCAAAUCAUUUGACUCCCGUGCCCAUGUUGCAGAAGUGGACUAUGAGUCUCUCGACUCGCUCAAGGCCGCGCUGUCUGGUCAGGAUGUUGUAGUCAACACUCUCGGUGUCGGCGCUGUCCCCAAGCCCAUCCAUCUACGCUUGGUUGAUGCAGCAGUUGCAACUGGCGUGAAGCGAUUCAUUCCUUCGGAAUACGGCUGCGACACUACGAAUCCCACCAUUGCUAAAUUGCCUGCUUUUGGCGAUAAAGUCAGCGUUCAGGAACAUCUCAAGACCGUCGCUCAGAAAUCGGGCCUCAGUUACUCACUGCUCAUUACUGGUCCCUUCCUUGACUGGGGUCUUGAGAAAGGCUUCAUUCUCAAUCUUGCUGGUCCGGCUGUGUUAUAUGAUGGUGGGGAUCGCCGUUUUAGCUCAACGACUCUCAGUGGUAUCGGCAAGGGAAUUGUUGGGAUUGUCAACAACCUCGAAGCCACUAAGAACUCCACAGUCUAUAUCAAUGAGGCCAGAGUCACACAGAAUGAGCUGCUGGAAUUGUCUGGCAAGAGCGUUGAGACGAAGAUUGUUCAUACUACAGACCUGGAACAGGAGGCUUAUGCAGAACUGGCUAAGCCGGCCCCUAACCCGGGAAUUUUUGCUACGAAAUUCGUUCUGCGGGGUAUCUUCGGUGAAGGACAUGGCUCUCUUUUCGAUCCUGAGAAGCUUUCUAACGAUUUGUUUGGCUUGAAGACUCUGUCCAAGGAGGAGAUCCGCGGUCUUAUCCCCCAGUGA